AAUGAACUCAAUCCACAAUGAGAAAGUGGAGAUCACUGACUUUUGCUAUGAAUAUUUAAAUGGAUCUUGUCCAAAAUUUGUCUAUCCUCUUGUUUUGAAGGUGCCGCUUUAUUUGUUCUUUGGUUCAGUGGUGAUUUUAACAGUAUUUGGUAAUCUGUUUGUCAUUAUAACUGUUGUUCAUUUUAAGCAGCUUCACAUGCCAACUAACUUCCUCGUUCUGUCUCUGGCUGUAACUGAUCUGCUGCUGGGGGCACUUUAUAUGCCACUGUUUAUGGUACAGUUUGUAGAGACUUGCUGGUAUUUAGGGACUGUAUUCUGUAAAAUACACAACAGUGUUGUGAUCAUGUUGGCCACUGCUUCUAUUAUAAAUCUGUCUUUUAUUUCCAUUGACAGAUACUAUGCUGUGUGUCAUCCCCUGCUGUAUCACAGUAAAAUCACUUCCUCUGUCUCAUUAAUUAUGAUUAUCAUCUGCUGGACUUUUUCAGGAGCAAUUGGGUUUAUGAUAAUAUUUCUAGAGCUGAAUAUUCUGGGUAUUGAAGAGUUUUAUUAUGAGAAUGUUGCAUGUGAGGGAGGUUGUGUGUUGUUUCAAAGUGCAGCAUCGAGCACUGCUUCCUCUGCCUUUUCCUUCUACAUCCCAGGCGUUGUGAUGCUCAGUAUUUAUAUGAAGAUUUUCUGUGUUGCAAAAAAGCAAGCAAAGUCUAUUCAGGACUCAAAAUGUAAAACCAAUAUAAAAUCAGUGUUGAGCAAAGAAGAGAAAAAAGCCACUAAAACUCUGGCUGUGGUUUUAGGUGUAUUUCUGUCACUUUGGACUCCAUUUUUUAUCUGCAAUGUCUUGAGUCCUUUCAUAGGUUAUACAAUUCCUGGAGUUUUAAUGGAUAUGUUAGCUUGGACUGGAUUUAUGAACUCGACUUUUAACCCUAUUGUUUAUGCUUUCUUCUACAAGUGGUUUAGAAAAGCAUUCAGGAUGAUUAUAUCAGGUCAAAUAUUUCAGCCAGGGUCUUCAAGAACAAACUUGUUUUCACACUGAAAAAACAGGACCCACAACUCAUAGCAAAACCUGUCUGAAAUUAAACUAAGCUUUGCACUUACAUACAUUGCAUAAUAUUACAUUUAUGUUAAAUUUUAUGGAUUCAAGUAUUUUAGCUUUCUUUGACACAUUUAGUUGAGAAAAA